CUCAUUUUCUGUUGCCACUAUCAUGUAAGAAGUGCCUUUCACCUCCCGCCAUGAUUCUGAGGCCUCCCCAGCCAUGUGGAACUUGGAACAUGACAAGGAAUUCUUCCACCCACGCUACCACCAUCGAGAGUUCCGGUUUGAUCUUUCCAAGAUCCCAGAAGGGGAAGCUGUCACAGCAGCCGAAUUCCGGAUCUACAAGGACUACAUCCGGGAACGCUUCGACAAUGAGACGUUCCGGAUCAGCGUUUAUCAGGUGCUCCAGGAGCACUUGGGCAGGGAAUCGGAUCUCUUCCUGCUCGACAGCCGCACCCUCUGGGCCUCGGAGGAGGGCUGGCUGGUGUUCGACAUCACAGCCACCAGCAACCACUGGGUGGUCAAUCCGCGGCACAACCUGGGCCUGCAGCUCUCGGUGGAGACACUGGAUGGGCAGAGCAUCAACCCCAAGUUGGCGGGCCUGAUUGGGCGGCACGGGCCCCAGAAUAAGCAGCCCUUCAUGGUGGCUUUCUUCAAGGCCACGGAGGUCCACUUCCGCAGCAUCCGGUCCACGGGGAGCAAACAGCGCAGCCAGAACCGCUCCAAGACGCCCAAGAACCAGGAAGCCCUGCGGAUGGCCAAUGUGGCAGAGAACAGCAGCAGUGACCAGAGGCAGGCCUGUAAGAAGCACGAGCUGUAUGUCAGCUUCCGAGACCUGGGCUGGCAGGACUGGAUCAUCGCGCCUGAAGGCUACGCCGCCUACUACUGUGAGGGGGAGUGUGCCUUCCCUCUGAACUCCUACAUGAACGCCACCAACCACGCCAUCGUGCAGACACUGGUCCACUUCAUCAACCCGGAAACGGUGCCCAAGCCCUGCUGUGCGCCCACACAGCUCAAUGCCAUCUCCGUCCUCUACUUCGAUGACAGCUCCAACGUCAUCCUGAAGAAAUACAGAAACAUGGUGGUUCGGGCCUGUGGCUGCCACUAGCCCCUCCGGGAAUUCAGACCCUUUGGGGCCAAGUUUUUCUGGAUCCUCCAUUGCUCGCCUUGGCCAGGAACCAGCAGAUCAACUGCCUUUUGUGAGACCUUUCCUUCCCUAUCCCCAACUUUAAAGGUGCAAGAGUAUUAGGAAACGUGAGCAGCAUAUGGCUUUUGAUCAAUUUUUCAUCCAAUGAACAAGAUCCUACAAGCUGUACAGGCAAAACCUAGCAGGGAAAAAAAAAACACGCAUAAAGAAAAAUGGCCGGGCCAGGUCAUUGGCUGGGAAGUCUCAGCCAUGCACGGACUCGCUUCCAGAGGUAAUUAUGAGGGCCCGCCAGCCAGGCCACCCAGCCGUGGGAGGAAGGGGGCGUGGCAAGGGGUGGGCACAUUGGUGUCUGUGCGAAAGGAAAAUUGACCCGGAAGUUCCUGUAAUAAAUGUCACAAUAAAACGAAUGAAUGAAAAUGGUUAGGAUGUUACAGAUAUAUUUUCCUAAACAAUUUAUCCCCAUUUCUCGGUUUAUCCUGAUGCAUAAACAGAAGCUGUGUCAUGUGGAGGGCGGGGAGGUCCCUCUCCAUUCCCUACAGGUUUCAUUCUGAGGCUUGCAGAUGUCCAGUGUUUACCAAGGUUUGCCCAAAUCCAAGAUCUAGUGGGAGGGGAAAGAGCAAAUGUCUGCUCGCAGGAGGGUUGUGUGUUGACCUUUGGAGGAAAAAUAUGUUCUGUUGUUCGGUUGGAUUUGCAGUGGCAGAAAUGAAACUAGGUGUGUGAAACACCCGCAGACAUUUGGAAUUGGCUUUUCAGCUCGCCCCAGUGGUAGUAAAUCCAUGUGAAAUUGCAGAGGGUACAAGGACAGCAAGUAGGAUGGAACUUGCAACUCGACCCUGUUGUUAAAAAGCACCAAUGGGCCAGGCGCGGUGGCUCACGCCUGUAAUCCCAGCCCUUUGGGAGGCUGAGAUGGGCGGAUCAUUUGAGGUCAGGAGUUCGAGACCAGCCUGGCCAACAUGGUGAAACCCCAUCUCUACUAAAAAUACAAAAAUUAGCUGGGCAUGGUGGCACACGCCUGUAAUCCCAGCUACUCUGGAGGCUGGGGCAGGAGAAUCGCUUGAACCCAGGAGGCGGAGGUUGCAGUGAGCCGAGAUCACCCCACUGCACUCCAGCUUGGGUGACAAAGCGAGACUCCAUCUCAAAAGAAAAAAAAAAGGACGCACCAAUGAAGCCUAGUUCUCCACGGGAGUGGGGUGAGCAGGGGUACUGCACAUCCUCCCAGUGGACCCUCUGGUCUUUGUCUGCAGCGGCAUUCCAAGGCUGGGCCCUGGCAAGGGUACCCGUGGCUGUCUCUUCAUUUGCAGACCCUGAUCAGAAGUCUCUGCAAACAAAUUUGCUCCUUGAAGUAAGGGGGAGAUGGCAUAAUAGGAGGUCUGAUGGGUGCAGGAUGUGCUGGACUCACAUUGCAAACAGAAGCCUUGUUGAGGGUAACAUCCUAACCAAGUGUCCCGAUUUGGAGGUGGCAUUUCUGACAUGGCUCUUGGUGUAAGCCCGCCUUGCCUUGGCUGGUGAGUCCCAUAAAUAGGACGCAGUCAGCCUACGGCCACAAACACAAGGCCUGGGGGAGGGCUACACUGUCUACAAACGUUUUCCGCAUCUGUAAAGGAAGCAAGGUGAUCCGAGACUGUGGCCAUGUGGAACCCGGUCUUGUGGGGGACUGUUUCUCCAUCUUGACUCAGACGGUUCCUGGAAACACCGGGGCUCUGUUUUUAUUUUCCUUGAUGUUUUUCUUCUUUAGUAGCUUGGGCUGCAGCCUCCACUCUCUAGUCACUGGGGAGGAGUAUUUUUUGUUAUGUUUGGUUUCAUUUGCCGGCAGAGCUGGGGCUUUUUGUGUGAUCCCUCUUGGUGCAGGUUUUCUCACCACUUACUGACCCAACCAGCCUCUGGUUAGCAUCAUUUGUACAUUUAAACCUGUAAAUAGUUGUUACAAAGCAAAGAGAUUAUUUAUUUGCAUCCAAAGCUCUUUUGAACCCCCCACCCCUUAAUCCCUCGUUCAGGAUGGCGAGCUUGCUUUCCUUCAACCUGUUUGUUUUCUUAUUUAAGACUAUUUAUUAAUGGUUGGACCAAUGUACUCAUGGCUGUUGCGUCGAACAGUCUUUAGUGAAAAUUCUGUAUAAAUAGACAAAAUAAAAAGGGUUUGACUUUGCAAUAAAAGGAGACGUUUGGUUCUGG